AUGGCAGGAGAAUCAGGGGGUGGGUAUCACGAAGGAGUAUUUGGGGAGGAAGGGAUAGGGGGAAGGUGGGGAGGGGGUGGAGUGAGAGGGAGAGGAUACGACAGGUGGAGCGUCCUUCCCGUGCCUCCCGCCCUCUUCCCCCUUCAACCCCCCCCUUUUCCCCCUCCUCCCAUUCACAAGCCUCCCAACCACACCACCUUCCGCUACUCCCCCCCACCUUCCCAGCAGCAGCAGCAGAUUCUGCCGAGACAGGAGGAGCGGGCGCGUGAGAUGACGACGGCAGCGACCUCAUCAUCAUCACACUCUUCCCCCUUCUCCCCCUUUCCCCUCCCCUCCCUCCCCCCACUUCCCCCCUCCCGCGCAUUCCGAACAGCAACGGACUCUGCCGACUCAGCAGGCGCAUGGGAUGACGACGGCAGCGAUCUCACGGUCAUCACGCUCGCGGAUGCUGACGUGCCCGACAUCGUCGACGAUGACACGUCAGCAUCCUCCUCUUCCACGCCAUCGUCUUCGUCGGCAGGUGUGAGAAACGGUCUACAGUGGUCUGAGUUACUCCCUCUUUCCCAACCCCCUUCCCCCAACCCCCCAGGCGGUGGCGAGGCAGGUGUGAGCUUACCUCCUUCCCCCAAUUCCCCUCGUCCCCCUCUCUCCCCCCCUUCCCCCAGGCCUACAAGCCCUACUGCAGCCCCCCAGGCGGUGGCGAGGCAGGCCUACAAGCCGUACAGCAGGCCCCCCAGGCGGUGGCGAGGCCAGUGUGAGAGGCGGGCGGAUUUCAGCGCGUGCAACCGCAAGGUGAUUGGAGCGCGGUUCUUCAGCAAGGGCUUUAAGAGGAACGUGGGGGCCAUCAGCAGCAGCGCCGACUACCUUUCGGCUCGCGACGCGGAUGAGCAGCAGCAGGCAACGGGCGUGUGCAGUAUGCGACAGGCACGGGUUAUUCAUAUGGCAACACCAGUGGAACUACCCCUCCCUUCCUCUCCUCACUCCAAUUCUCCUCCGAACCCUUCUCCACCCUUCCUCACCACUUUCAGAGCAGCAGCAGGCAACGGGCAUGUGCAGUACGCAGCAGGCACGGGCUAUUCAUACGGCAACACCAGCGGCAUGGCUCCCCGCGCUCGGCUCGCCAUCUACAAAGUUCUCUGGAAGCAGAGAGACGGGCAGACGCUUGCAACGUACUCGGACAUCCGCGCAGCCGUUGAUGCGGCCGUAUCCGACGGUGUGGAUGUGCUCUCCAUCUCCCUGGGAGGGAACGUUCCGAGCUAUUUCUCAGACAUCGCGUAUCUCAAUGCUGCAAAGGUGAGUGAGAUACUGUUGCUUCCAAACUCGCCUCAAAUUCUCCUCAUACCGGUAUGUUACAUUGGCUCCGGAAAAUAA